AGGGCUGAACAGUAAAAUCCUCUUAAAAUGUUACUUUCUACGGAAAUUGCAGAGAUUAUUCGGCAAAAGAAAUCUCAAUAUGUCCGUUACAUAGACACCAAGCAAUGGAGCAAAUUUGAGCUAAUAGCAUUACCAAAUGCUGAACUAAGCUUUUACAAUCCCGAUGGAUCAAUUAUGACAGUUGGGCGCAAACGCUUGUCGUUUAUAUCUAUCCACACUUUUGCGGAAUAUUUCGGCAAAGUCUUCACCAACGCUCAAACACUUCAUAUGAUCGGAAACGCUGAAUUUGAAAUGGUGGGAUCGGACGAAGUAAGGGUUAUUUGGAGCAUGGAAGACCAGAUAAUAAUAUCUCACUACGCUGAGAUGAGGGGUGGAGGAUACUAUUUUGAGACUUGGGUAAAGACAGAGAAUGAUUGGUUUUUGAAAAGUCUGAGACUAGAGAGAACCUAUAUAAAGUAUAACUUUUUUGCAAGGAUAGGAAUGUUAAUGCAGCAGAUAGGACUGCUUUGA